AAACACUCAGCUCCUACGUCUCGGCUGCCUCCAGAAAAAGGAGGAGGAAGAAGAUUCACCUCGCCGUAGUUUAUAGCUGCGUCCAUUCGACGAUUUAGUAAAUACUAAACAAGCAGCCAUGAAGUCGCUGUGGGCUGUCGCCCUUCUGUUGAGCUGUUGGCGAGCCGACGCGUCCACAGCUCCAAAGAUCUCUGCUGACCCUCCUGAGGUCAGCAACCAGACCUCCGCCCUCCUGACCUGCAACAUGACAGGGUCCAGUCUUCCCAGCAAGGGCUCCUACUGGACGCACAAUGGCCAAGUCCUGGACGAUACCAAAUCCAGUAAUACCGGUCUAACCAUGUCCUUGAAUUUGGAAAAGAUCACCCACAGUACGAGUGGAAAGUAUGAAUGUGUGUUCAUGACUGAGCCAGAGGCGAAGGCUACAAUUGAAGUCAAAACACUUCCCCACGUUGUUGCCUACAAGCACUCUGAGCAUGGCAAUGAGAAGGACAAAGGUGUGCUGGUCUGUGUGAGCCAUGGCUAUCCACUGCCCACUGACUGGAGCUGGGCCAAGGACGGCGAUUCCCCAAUGCCCAUCUUCAACGGCACUAGUGAAAAAUAUGAGAUCAAAAGCACCCCUAACAAGACCACUUUGACCAUUAAUGACCUGAACCUCAAAGACGACAUUGGAGACUACAUCUGCUCGGGGACCAGUGAAGUUGGCACAACCUUUGACAAGAUCCACCUGCGUGUCCGCAGUCGCUUGGCUGCUCUGUGGCCUUUCCUUGGCAUUGUGGCCGAAGUCAUUAUCCUGGUGACCAUCAUCUUCAUCUACGAGAAGAGGAGAAAGCCCGAUGAAAUCACUGACGAUGACGACUCAGGAUCUGCUCCGCUGAAGAGCAAUUCUAAUGCAAAUCACAAAGACAAGAAUGUGAGGCAAAGGAACUCUAACUAGAUGCUGAAAGAGAUGGACGUCCAGAUGGCAGUCCAGGAUUCAGCUCUUGUGUUGCACAAUAUACUGUGCACCCUGCAAUUUAAAAACCUUCUUGUGCUUGGGUGUUAAUGUUUUAAGAAGUUGAUUUUGAUUUCCUCUUCUCUCUCUUUAUUUUCUCUUUUUUUCCUCUCCACAUUGUGCAGCCAGAGAACAUAGUGUGACAUAAUUUCUGCUUGAGGCCGUGGGGCAUAAACUUGCAUGAGCCGUAAUAGAAAAAAAGUGUGUUCGUCGUAAAAUCAUGAGAAAGUUUCACGUGAGGAAUGCUUAGUUUGUGGUUCUUUUCUGUUGAUGCUGAUGCUUCCUACACUGACCUCAGUCUUCUGCUUUUUAUAUUCUCCAGUCUGGAAUGGUUAACUUGUUAUGCAGUACAGGUUGUUGUUGUUUUUUAGGAGGAUCUCAGACAGUUUGGAUCCUGAUACAUCACUGCCAUUCAUAAAGAGCAAUGACUGAAGUCUGGUUGAAUUCACACCUCUGAUCUGUCCCUACACCACCACAAACGUCCCAUAGCAGAGUUUAAUACUUUGCCUUAAUAAGCACCAUUUCUCUCUUCUUCUUUUUUUGUUUUGUUGUUGUUACCUCUUAACAAGAUUUAAAUUAAAAAUGGAAUAGAUACACUGUCAGCAAGGUUUUUGUUGCUGUAAGAAAUCACACGUCUUGAAGUGGCAAAGCUUUUGUACCUUUUUUAAAAAUCACGCUUGUAUUUCCUUUUUCACAUAUUUUAAAUUGGAGGUUUUAGUCACCAAUGCUUUUGUUGCUGAUGUCACACCCACAUAAAAAAAAAUAUAUAUUAUUGAGGACCAAGUCGAAUUGUCGAAUGCAACUUGAAUACUACACACUGAUGUUUCAAUCUAAUCCAGUCGAUAAGAUAUAAUAUAUCUAAUAAGAUGUUUGUUUUUUUCUUUCUCACUCGAUCUGAGGUAAAAAACAUUUAUGUGCGAUUGUAGGACCGUCGUCUCUGUUCCCUUCACUGUGUAGAUGAUUCAGAAGCCAUAUGUUCCCUUUAAUCCGAGUAGUGUUGUGAUUGGAUGUUACCACUUCAGAGUUAGCCAAAUAAAGAAGACCUAGCCAAUAUUGUGUCAAAUUGUUGUACCUUCCAAGAACUUGGAGUACCAUCUGUUGUACAACUUGCACACACUGAAUAAAGGUAUUGGAUUUUA